CGAUUUGAUUGGUCAGCAAACACCUAACAGUAGACCUUCCCGCACCAGAUCAUCUCCAACCCAGUCCAAACGCAGAAUGCCUCCAAAGAACGGAGCUGAACAAGCGGAUGCUAGCGGCUCUGUGUCAAAAUCGCAGCGGCCGAAAAUAAUUAAACCCUCGGAUGAAAAUGAAAAAAAGAGUUCAGCUAAGAAGCUUAAAGAUUCAGAAAUUUGUAUCCCCGUUGUGUAUGGUAAUAUUGCAUUUUGGCUUGGCAAGAAGGCAAGCGAGUAUCAGUCGCACAAAUGGACGGUUUAUGUCCGUGGAGCAACGAACGAGGACCUGGGAGUGGCUGUAAAGCGAGCUGUUUUCCAGCUGCAUUCGAGUUUCAAUAACCCCACAAGGGUCAUUGAUAACCCGCCCUUUGAGGUCUCGGAGUCUGGGUGGGGCGAGUUCGAAAUCGCCAUUACCCUUCAUUUUCACAGUGAUAUCACAGAUAAACCACUGCACUUGUACCACCACUUGAAGUUAUAUCCCGAGGAGGAAUCAGGCCCGCUGUCUAUCAAGAAACCCGUUGUUGUGGAGUCUUAUGAUGAGAUUGUUCUCUCGGAUCCUUCUGAGGCUUUCUUUGCUCGUGUGCAAAAUCAUCCUGCGGUUAUUGUGCCUAGAUUGCCCGUGGGAUUCACUCUGCCUCCUGCUGAGGAUACUGAGAACAAGAACAAAGGUGACACCAAAGAUCAUCCCCUCAACCAGUGGUUUACUAAUUUCUCCGAAGCAGAUGAGCUAUUGAAACUUGCUGCUGCUCGGCAACAGGUACAAGCGCAUAUUGCAAGGCUCAGAAGGCAGUUGAGUUUGAUCGACGGGCAGAACCAGCAAGUGAAAGCAGCACCUGACAUGUAAAUAUUCCUUUCUAUAUUUAAGGUGAAAGAAAACAGUUCCUUUCUCAUUAGAGGAAGUUACUUUUCUUUUUUUUUCCUGUUCUGUUAACACAUUAGGAGAAAUUAUUAUCAACCUACUAAUGUUAUGUGUCAUUGUGAGUAGAUAUGAAUAGUUGGAUCCAGCUCCUCUAUAUCUGUCCUAAUGUUAGUAUUAUUGUAGACACACGAUUGACACGGUUGAGAGUUGUUUAAAAGAAAAUGAGAACUUUGUUUAAAAUUGUGAUACAUUUCAAGAUUAUAACUGUUUGGAUAUCGUUAUCCAUAAAGGAUAACUUAAAUUAUGUGGGUCCUUCAUGUAAAUUCUAGCCUCUAGGGUGCUUGUUCUUCAGGUCUUUUUGGACAUGCAA